AUGUGCUCGGCGGAGACAGAUCGCGAAGUGCUCCUUCACUUUUUCCGAUCAACGGGCGGGGAAUCGUGGACACAUCAAGAGGGCUGGGCGGAGAAUGCGGACGACCUCGGCAGCUGGUACGGGGUCAUGUCGAACGCAGAAGGUCGAGUGGUGAAGUUGGAGCUGCAUGGAGAAAAGGAUGAUUUUGACAUUCCCACCGGCAACAACGUCACUGGUGGCAUACCGCCGGAGCUCGGUGGACUCGGUGCUCUUGAGGAGCUGAAUCUUGGCGGCAACAAUCUCUCCGGUGGCAUACCGCCGGAGCUUGGUAGACUCGGUGCUCUUGAGGAGCUAAAUCUUGGCGUCAACAAGCUCUCCGGCGCGAUUCCGUCGCAACUAGGCCAACUGGGGGCCGUGAAGCAGCUGGACCUUUCGUAUAACGGCCUAACCGGUGGCAUACCGCCGGAGCUUGGUAGACUCGGUGCUCUUGAGGAGCUGGAUCUUCGCGGCAACAAGCUCUCCCGUGCCAUCCCGCCGGAGCUUGGUGGACUCGGUGCUCUUCAGGAUCUGGAUGUCAGGAACAACAAGCUCCUCGCUUUGGGCGAAGCUAGACAUGCGCUGCAAUGGUUGACACGGCUCAGCAAGUGCCGCAUCAAGCUCAAUGGCAACCCUUGGAUCAUGCCACCUGAGGGUGUAGUCGAGAAAGGACUACCGGAAGUUAUGGCCUAUCUCCGCGACGUGCGCAGGGCCGAGGAAGCUGGUGCGGAGGUCAAGACCCUGAAGCUGCUCAAGGUUGUCUUGGUCGGAUCCUCCCAAGCUGGAAAAACCAGCUUAGUCAACAGCAUCGUCGAAGGACGCGGAUUCCCGACGGUUGGGACACCUGCGGAAGUGAGCACGGUGGGCAUUGAACUACUCCGCCACAACCUGAAGGGUACAACUGUCGAGUUCUACGAUUGCGCCGGGCAAGUGGACUACUACGGGCUGCACCAAACCUUUCUGACCAGACGGGCUCUGUACCUCCUGGUCUGGGACGUGUCGAGAUGCCACGGAAAAACCGAUGACGACCUUGACGAGGUUGUAUCCCAGGACAUCAUGAGGUGGUUGUAUGCUCUAGACCUUCGAGCACCGGGGUCCACUGUGAUAUUGGUGGCGAACAAGUGCGAUGGCUCGAUUGAAGGCUUCUCGGGUACUGCCGCGAUUGUCGAGAAGCGGGUGACAGUAUUGCGCAAGGAGUGGCUUAAGGGACGGGGGUUUUCUGGCACUCGGAUGGAGACGGACAUUACGGUCCUUCGCAUUGCCAAUGGGGACGGUGUAUUCCUGGAUGUCGUGUGGCUCUCAACCGCCUUGAAGCCCAUCCUAAGCCAUAAGCUUCUACACAAGGUGUUUCCUCAAGACCUUGCAGGAAUGAGGGAUGAGCUUGUCCACAAUGGAAUACUCCGACUGAAGUUCGCAGAGCACCUUUGGAGCGAUGUGAUGAAGAAACCAAUACCCGAGGAAGUGCUGGAUGCCCUCUGCCGUGUGAUUGUCAACCUCGGCGUCGCUCUUCCUCUCGAACCGGCUAGCCUGUUGCCCGACAGUACCACUGCCUAUGCAACUGGUCGCCCCAACAUCAGCCGGCAAGACAUGUUGGUGAUCAUGCGGCUACCCGAAACAUGCGGGACGGAGCACGAGCUACAGGAGCUGAUCUCAUACCAGAUGAGAAGACACAGCGAUCGGGAGGUCACCCUGAUGUGGAGAUUCGACGGUGCAGGACCUCCGUACGGGCUGGUGGAGCGCGUGAUCGCCUCGUGUCAUGCCGUUGGUGUCGUCGAGAUGGGGCUGUGCUGGAGAUAUGGCGCUGUCUUCCAGAGUCGUGCGAUGGCCACGUCCGACGGGUCCGACUCGUUGUAUACAUUUGUCAUUCGCUACGACUACGCUGUCGGCGACGAGCGGAGGAUUCUGAUGUUUGGGCCCCUCCAGGACGACAGGGUGUGGAAAGCGCUGCGCUGGGUGGCCUCGUCAGUGGUGAACAUUUCUAAGGAUUGGCCAGGCGUACUGUGGGAAGGCUGGCCGCAGUGUGCGAGAUGCCGCAGGAACCGAAUCUACUUCGCAAAAAUUGGGAACUUUCUACUCGUGGACGCAGCUCCGGGUGCGACCCCUCACGGGUGUGGCUGCCUGGCCGUUAAGGGCACGGUGCCAAGGCUGGUGCUCGAGCGUCUAGGCACCGUCGUCAACACUCAGCAGGUUUUGUUUCUGGACAUCAUAAUCAUCAUCGGAAAGCCCAUCGAUGAAUCUUGUCAGGGUGUGCAGUGGACAGAAGCUGUGUGCGCCGGUUGCAGGGAGACUUUCUCUGUGUUGGAACCUUCUGCCGGGAGAGCUGCCGGGUGGUGCUGGGGCGCUUUCCUCGCUUUUCUAGGCGCAGGCGUGACUCUGAAAGAGGUUGAUGCAACGGGGUGGAAGAUUUGCUUGGGGCUGAUGGGGCUAUGCUUGAUCGGGGCCGGGGCAGCUACGCUGGUUGCCUGUCGGUUUAGAAUCCGAACAGCCCGGGAAGAAAAUGCGAGACGGACAAGAGGG